CCCAUUAGUACUACAUGACAAUCAAAAUCCCUCUUUUUUCUUAACUUUUCUUACAAGUCUGCCAUAUCCCAUUUUCAGCAUUCAAGUGCUCAGAAAAAAGAGGAAAAGCAGAAAUAGAUAGAUAGUAUACAAAUUUGAGCUUUUUUCUUCUGUAAGCUUUUUCUUGUUUUUUGGGCUGUGAUAAUAGUUAAUGGGCUCUGCUUAUUUCUUUGCUUUUGCUGAUGGUUGCUCUCAUCAGUUGAAAAGUGGGAUAGGAGAUAUGAAUUGGGGUUGGAUUAAUGGGUUGAUAUUUCAAAAGGGUUCUUGAAAGAAGAGGUUUUUAGGCUGUAAUUUAAGGAAGUGGAGCAAAGAUGCAGUGUACAAGCUAUCUUUCUGGGUAUUAUUAUACUAGAGAGCAAAAUGUUGAUGCUAGUGGGAGCUUAUGGCAACAAUUCAACAAUGGUUUUUUCUGUAGAAGUGGGAGAGACUACAAUAUUUUGUCUCAGCGACCAAUGACUGAUCAGUAUUUAGCUUACAACAAAGAAAUAUUAAGGCAGACAAUGCUAAAGCAAGAAUCAUUAUUCAUGUAUCAGGUUCGUGAACUACAUCGCUUGUAUGGGAGGCAAAGGGAGUUGAUGGAUGAAAUAAAAAUGAUGGAACUAAGUAAAGAUCAUCUACGGAUGCAAACUUCCUCGUCAAAUUCUUUUGUAUCUGGAAUGCUGUGUGAUACUUCUAAGAAGGCUUUACAGCUUCCAGGAUGGCUUUUAUCAAACCCAAGAGAUGAUAAGCCGUCUGCACAUGGAAUGGAAAACUUUCAAAGGCCCUCAAUUUUUGUUUCAAGGAAGAGCAUCCACGCUGGUUCUGAUGUUUAUCUAGAAGAAAACCAUUUGAAAGAACUUGAAGUCUCAUCAUGUGGAAGGAACAAAUAUGGGAAGAGAAUGUUAAAUCUGGAACUUCCACCUGAGGAAUAUAUGGAUAGUGACGGAGGCGAAGAGCUAGAGAAGGAAAAAUCUUCUGAAGUCUCUCCAGUUUGGCUUGAUCCAUCUGUAAGAUUUGUAGACUCUUCGCCUAAGAGUAAUUUAAUAAUCAGAAAAGGAGCUUCUUCCAAUUUUAAUUCAAGUUGCAGCUAUACAAGUUGUUUGCUUGAUUUGAAUGCGCCUCUACCUUCUGAUGAACCAGUUACAAUUUCCACCAGUUUAGUUGACUCUAACAUAAGCAGCACAGGAAUCAAGCAACAGGAUCCAGAUUUAUCUGGAAAGCCAAGAUCAAAAACCCCUGACUUGAUGAGUAUUGCUUCUGAUGUUCUGGAAGGAAAAGCAAGUAUUGAAGCAAAUUCUGGGCUUCCAGUUCAAUCCGCCGGAAAGUUGCCCCUGCCAUGCAAUGAUAAAACAAUUUUGGGUUCAAAAUCAGCCAAAAAAGAGCAAGACUUCAAUAUCAAUGAGCUGAGAAUGGUAAGCUCAUGUGUAACCACUGCAUCCCAACUUGUGCAGUUCUCUGAUCAAACCAAUACAGGAGCAUCAGCUUCAAAUUCUUCCUGGAAAACAUCAUACACUGAGGUUCCUAUAGCAAUUCAAGCACUGCCAUGCUUCAGUUCUAUACAAUUCUCCAGUAAAACUUCCAGAUCAUCUAGUGGAAGCUCUGUGAUUAAGGAGAAGUAUUCAAAUGGAAAUGCAGCACUCUCUUCAAAUCUGGGAUGCAUUACCUCCCAUAUGAGCUGCAACAGUAAUAAUCAACCCACUGCUGAAUACCUUGCUGGUUUUGUUGAGGACCCAGUUCACCAAACUCCAGUGGAUAUGGAUCUGAAUACCAUGCCUUGUAACUCAGUACCUGAAAUAGAAGAUUCUCAGGAUAAGGACAGGAGUAUGGUUGGAGAAAAAAAGUGUGAAAAUUCUGUAGGGCCAUUGAAUGGACCAAGAGUUAAGCCAGAUUCUGAAGGUCAGAUAGUUGGAUGUCCACAACUGUUAGAUCCUUCCAUUUCCAGAAGCCAAUUUUGUGCAUUUACUGCAAUUGAUUCCAAUUCAAAUUUAUCUGAGGAAAACGACAUCCAGAAUGGUGAAAUGGUUGAUCUCCCUGCUAUCCAUAUGUCUUGUGAUUCUUCACACGAUUCAGAAAAAUCUCCAAAAGAUGAUGAAACUUGUCCAGCUAACGAUUGUGGAAAAGAAAUGUCCCAGUUGAAAACCUGUAUGGACUUGCGGUUCUCCAACACGGAUCAAAAGUAUUCCCAGGUACUGACUGAAACAACUGCAGUAGGGACAGAUUUGCAGGCACCUAUCAGUCCAGACAACAAGGAGCAUUCUCCACCUAGAGAAGAGUCUGAGGACAAUCAAAGCGAGAAUCAUGAAGGUACAGUCAAGGAACUUGACAGGAUUGCAGCAGAGGUUAUUCUUUCGAUUAUGUUUUCUGGCAAAAAACAAAGUCUCAACGCUAGCAUGAGUCAACUAUUAGAGGUUUCUGCUGACUGCCUAGGUUGGUUUGCUGGGAUUGCUUGUACUGUGGCAGGUUCUGCAGAAAAUGAAUCGGAAGAUCAUCUGACUGAUGCACCUGUUGGCAAUUGCAGCGAUCUUGCUCCCAAAGUGCUUGAAAAAUUGGAAGCCAUGACAUUCAAGUCCACAGGAAUCAAGGUUGAAGAUCAUUGUCAUAUGACCAUUGACCAGAAAAACAAGUUAAUAGGUGAUCCUCUACUGACAAGUGAGGGACAAUCUAGAAAGGCAAGGGGGUGGAAGGAUUUUCAGUCACAAGAUCUACCUUGUGCUUCUUCUCUCUGUUCACAUGACGCGACUGAGAAUCUUCGGCCCAUUAAAAAGCUAAGAGCUGCUGCAAGAACAGCUCAUGAGAAUGUCAAAGUCAGGAAGAAAGUCGGGAGAGUUAGAUGUGCUAGAGGGAGGAGGCACUCUAAAAGGUUCCCUCUUAAUGCAAUCAGCGGAAAGGCGUGCUCGCUCUCAAAACAGAAUCCUUGUCAAAGUGAGCAGAGCUUUCUGCAGAGUUGCUCAUUUGGAUGGGGAAGGAAACAUAGACGGCAAAAGCAUCGGAGGGCUCGGACUUAUUUUGAUCCUGGUUUCACUUAACAUGGCUUCUCUGUAAAUUACAUGGAUAGAACCUACUUGUCUGGCUGUAGGAAGAUUGAUAGAAUGAUAGGAAGCUAAUGAACUUAGCUCUGAAGCCUUUUUGAGCAAUGAAUGUUUUAAAGCUGUGAAGUCGUACCGAGCUGCUUAAUGCAUGGAAAGACUCUUGGCAAUUACUAGAAUUGUUGAGAUAGGAAAAGGUUGAAUCUCCUGCACGAUUCUGCUUUGUCUUGUGUCGUUUUUGUUGUAGUAAAGGUCAAUUACCGCACUCUUGGCCCUAUGUACAUAUGUUCCAUAUGUACAUGUGUACAGAAGCUGAUUUUGAUUGUACUCCUGGGCAAGGCAGUAAGUGAAAACCUCUUUUGUCCUCUACGAUAAAUGGCAAAUGUAUCCAUGAAAAUCUUUGUUUGGA